GCUAAUGAAAUACAGUUUCACCUGCACUCUGAAAAGUUCAUCUCGGAGGAUAUUUUUGACAUACGCUUCGCUCUAUUGACGUCAUUGCGCUGCACCUGUGUGAUACAAAAUUCGCAUUUUUAAAAAACGCGGCCUGUCGCGUGAUCUGCACGGAACGAGAAAACGUGUUUAUCUUGCACAAAAGCUGUCAGAAUGACCCAAGACCAGCUCCUCGCGGGUUUGAAGAAGGACGUCCGGUCUCUCUUGAUCUCAGCUAAGCGUGGCUUGACCCCUGAGCAGCUCAAGAGAGACUACCAGACCAUGCUGGGCUUCCCCAUUCCCCUCAGGUUACUGGGAUUCAGAAACGUUUUGGAUAUGGUCAAGGAAAUGCCGGAUGUUGUGCACUUGGAUUACCACUUUGAUGGCAGCAUCAUUUUAAAAGCCAUUGGAGACGAGAGCACUAAAGGCAUCGAAGAGCUAGUGUCCAAGCAACGGGACCACAAACCCAAACCCAAAGUCAACAAUCGGAGGGGAAAUCUGGUGAACUUCCACACCUCUUUCCCACGGCAUCAGCCUGUUAUUCUCCCUCGGCGUGGCCCAGCAAAGCCCGCCCUGCCUGCUCAGCUGCGUAGCCAACUAAAACAAUUACUAUCUCAUGGGCCGGUCAGAUUAUCAGAGCUGGAAUACAGGUAUACGGUGCAGUUCGGAAAGCCGCUCCAGAUCACUCAAUAUGGCUUCUACUCCAUAUCCGAGAUGCUGGCGGCUGCCACGGAUUUCAUAAUUAUGCAGCAGAGUCGCACUGGCUCGCAACUACUUCUGAAAAGCUCUUUAGUGCCACUAAAUCAGACCGAAAAUCAGAUGCCGAGGCUUUCCAAGAAGUUGGCACCUCCUUUGGUGGUAAAACAGAAGCCGGUGGGAUUCAGUCCUAAGGCAACUUCACCGCCUAAAAGGGACCAGCAAAGUUCCCCCUUGUCCCCUGCUGUUCCUAAACCAGAGCCUGUGAAGAAAGAGCACUCUUUUGAAGAAACCAUUUUUAAGCUUGAGGAGGAGCUCAGACAGCAGAUUCUCGAGAAGGGCACCGCUGGGUCCGUCAGCCGCGAACUGAAAGAUAAGCUACGGAAGGUCAGACAUAUCUGCUUAAAAACUCAGCCUUUCUUGUCUCAUAUUCUCACCUUGGCUUAUGAGAUAUGGAUCUUAUUUCAGGUUGUAGCUGAAAAUGGCAAUGGGAUCUCCAUUCACAAUCUUCCCACAGAAUACAAGCGAAUGUAUAGUGAGGAGUUGCCGGUGAGCCAGUGUGGCUUUCUGAGCGUGACUGAGAUGGUUGGUGCUUUAAGUGAUACAUUUUCCAUCCAAAGAGGUGCUGAUGAGAGUGAAAACCACUGGAUGGUCGUGGAGUUCAAACCAAAUGACACACAACCCAGUAAAUCUGAAUUAUCCCCGGGUCACGGCACCACUUCCAGUCCGACGGAUGAAUCACAGAAUCCCUCCAGCAAGGCCUAUUACUUGAGCUAUGCAGAAUCUGCCUGGGAGCGCGAAGAGACGGAGCAAUCCACAGACCCUCAAGAGUCUGACGCUGAGCUCAGAGUCACCAAUAAAACCAUCCAUCAGAUGGGGGAUCUUUUCCCAGAGUUGAUGGUGAGUCAUGUAACAGCGGUUCCUCCAGACGCGGUGCGCUGCCAGAAGCUGAAGUCGCCCAAUCGCAGGAGAGAGAGAGAGCUGGUGCCAGUCCUGGUGGAGCAGACAGAGUCACCCAGCCACUUCUACAUCCGCUUCAGCCAAAACAAGGAGGCCAGAGCCCUGGAGAACAUGAUGAUUGAAAUGAGGAGCUGUUACUCCUACCCAGAUGUGGCGGAGAGAUACAGGCUGACUGAUGCCUAUGUGCGGCCGGGUCAGGUGUGCUGUGUGGCUCCAAGAGACAUGUGGUUCUACCGUGUGGUGAUCCAUGAGGUGUUCAGUAAUACUGAAGUAAAGGUGUACUACGUCGACUUCGGAGACAUCACAAAAGUGGAACGAAACAGCCUCAGAUUUCUCAAAGCUUGUUACGCUGAUCUCCCGGCUCAGGCUGUCCCAGCAAUGUUAGCUGGAGUUCGGCCCAUCACGAGCAUUUGGACUCAGAGUGCUAUCAGCUCUUUCCAGAGGAUGUGUUGUGAGCGCACUCUGGUGGCCGCCAUUCACAGCUACCAGAACAACUUCCUGUUGCUCUUUCUGUGCGACACCAACACAGAGGAGGAUGUUUAUGUUCACGCCGCCCUACAGAAAGAGGGCCACGCCCUUCCCUGCGUUACCGCUUACGGAUUGGUGUCAGGGCAGUUCAAUCCAUUGACGUCUUACCUCGGAGAUGAUCAGAUCGAUGAUGUAAAGGAGUCUCUCACACCCUCCACAUGUUCUCCGGAUAUAGAGAUCCGCUCUCAGGGAUAUGGCUCUCCAUGCUCCUCUCAAACGGGUUCCAGCUCUGAAAAUGGACAAACCAACUUCUCCUCCAUUGAUGUAGAACCAAGCCUGGACCUUCCUGCCCUCGAGUGUAUAAAUGUUCCUGACGUCAACACUGAGGCUGAAAGUGAGAAAGUAAAUCCGUUCGAGGCUCUGCAGGGUAAAAACCCAUUAUGCUGCAGUCAAUGGGAUCAAGGGUGGACAGCAGAGGACAAAACAGAUAAGACGAAACAUGAACCUGACGUCAAGACAGAAGACGAAUCGAAACCUGAGAUUGUGUCUCCUCCACCUGUUCAAGAAACAGUGAGUGAACUGCAGAUGUGUGUGUCUCCAGCUAAACCAAAGCCCGUCUCAAGCACAUGCACCAGCCCCCACACCUCUGACCCGAUCCAGAUCAACUGCAUCUAUCCAGUUUUCCUAGUUUUUCCAGCUGUACCAGUCUAUCCGGUCCAGCCCCCGUUUUCCCAGUUCAUGAAGCAUUUCUUAAGCAGUCCAGUCCCCGUGGGACAGGGUCCACACUCUCCGUUCUGGCAGCACACCUCUCCGUUAGCCCUGACACCAGCUGCGCGCAUGUCUGCCGGAGCCAACGUCCUACACCGGCGCUCCAACCACACAGUCUGACCAGCCAGAAGCGGUGCGUGUGUUGGUGUCAGAACCUAUUUUGGACUUUCGUUAUGUUCAGUAACUUCUGUUCUUUCAUUUCUUUGGCUGCAACAUCCUAUAAAUAUAUCAAAUGAUAUAAUAAAAGCAGCGGAGGACACAUAAGGACAAGUCAGAGCAGAUAUAUCUCUUGUUCAUUUUAUCGUAAUGCCUCUCCCAGCAGCAGAUUGUUCUUUAUUUUUAUAUAUUUGCAUACACAAUGCUAAAGUUUUGUAUGUUUUUAUGUUUGCAUUAUAAACCAAUUGGACAUUUGUUUGUUUUAUUUGUUAAGUUGCUUGUUCAGUGUUCAAUUCAGAAUUUUUCUUUUAUCAAAAAAUGUUUUAUAAAGAAGAAAAUGUGAUAAAAAAAAAGGAUACAC